UGGCCUCUGGGAUAUGAACGAGUGGGUCGCACUUUCGUACUGACAAUCUGUGGCUAUUUGACCAAAAUCUUGGGGAAAUCCAAACUUUCUGAGCAGACAGUCAACAAGAACAUCUACAAACAUGAGCUUUGAACAGGCAGAUGGCUAUAUGGAACAAGAAGAGGACUGGGAUCGUCAGAGCGUGCUCGAUCCUGAGUGGGAAAAGCAGCAAAAGAAGACGUUCACAGCAUGGUGCAACUCUCAUCUUCGGAAGUCCGGCACAGAAAUCAAAGAGAUCGACCAAGACUUCUGUAAUGGCCUAAAGCUGAUCAACCUGCUGGAGGUCAUCUCCGGUGAGAGGCUUCCCAAGCCAGAGAAGGGAAAGAUGAGGGUGCACAAGAUCUCCAACGUGCAGAAGGCCCUGGAUUUCAUCGUGAGUAAAGGCGUCAGGCUGGUUAGCGUCGGGGCUGAAGAAAUCGUGGACUCCAACUUGAAAAUGACCCUUGGUAUGAUCUGGACCAUCAUCCUGCGGUUCGCCAUCCAGGAUAUUUCUGUGGAAGAGACCUCAGCCAAGGAAGGUUUACUUUUGUGGUGUCAGAGGAAGACGGCCCCUUACAACAAUGUUCGAGUCCAAAACUUCCAUACGAGCUGGAAAGACGGCCUGGCUUUCUGUGCCCUCAUCCACAGACAUCGCCCAGAACUGAUUGAUUACAACAGUCUCUCAAAGGAUGACCCCAGGAAGAAUUUGGAGCUUGCCUUCGAAGUGGCAGAGAAGUACCUGGACAUUCCCAAGAUGUUGGAUGCUGAUCAUAUCGUGGAGAGUGUCAAGCCUGAUGAGCGCUCCAUCAUGACCUAUGUCUCCUGCUACUACCAUGCGUUUGCUGGAGCUCAGCAGGCAGAGAAUGCAGCCAACCGUUUGUGCAGAGUACUGAGAUUGAACCAAGACAAUGAGCGACUAAUGGAUGAAUAUGAUCGACUUGCUAGUGAUUUGCUGGAUUGGAUAAAGCGUAAGCGUCCAUGGCUGGAAGACAGAACUCUGGCAGAAAACAGUCUGCCUGCUGUUCAGGACAAACUGGAUGAGUUCCGCAACUACCGCGGCAAAGAGAAGCCCCCCAAGACGGAAGAGAAGGGGCAGCUGGAGUCGAACUACAACACUCUGCAGACCAAGCUUCGUCUCAGCAAUAGACCGGCCUACAUCCCACAGGAAGGCAAAUUGGUCUCGGACAUCGCAAAAGCAUGGAAAGGUUUGGAGCAGUCCGAACGUGGCUUUGAGGAUUGGCUGCUGGCAGAGAUGAGAAGACUGGAACGGCUGGAUCACUUGGCAAGGAAGUUCCGUCACAAGUGCGACAUCCAUGAGGCUUGGGCAGAAGGCAAGGAACCAGAGCUGGAGGAUAGCGACUUCUCUGGAGUCAAGCUCAAUGAAAUCUACGCUCUGAAGAAGAAACAUGAGGCUUUCGAGAGCGACCUGGCUGCCCACCAAGAUCGCGUGGAACAGAUCGCAGCGAUCGCUCAAGAAAUGAAUCUCCUGGAGUACCAUGACAUAGUACCCAUCAACUCGCGGUGCCAGGCUAUCUGCGAUCAGUGGGACCGACUGGGUAACCUUACCUCGACACGCAGACAAACUUUGGAAAAAAUCCAAGACCUGUUGCAGAGAGUCGACAGCCUGUUCUUAGACUUUGCCAAGAAAGCUGCACCGUUCAACAACUGGAUGGAGGGAGCCAGCGAGGACCUGGUUGACGUCUUCAGUGUGCACACUGUUGACGAGAUCAGAGGUCUGAUCCAACCCCACGAAGAGUUCAAGGCCACCCUCAACGACGCCCAGGCUGCCUUUGAUGAACUCGUAGAGAUUGGCAACAAGAUCAAGAACUUGUUUGCUGAACACGACCUGAACAUGGACAAGUCAAACCCUUACACGACGCUCACUGUACAGGAUAUUGUCUCCAAGUGGCAAGAAGUACUAAAACUAGUUCCAGAAAGAGACCAGGCCCUCCAAACUGAGCUGCUGAAGCAAGAAUCCAACGAGCGUCUGCGCUACCAGUUUGCCAAGAAGGCCAACGUGGUAGGGCCUUGGAUCGAAGGGCAGACAAUGAAGGUUAACAACUUGCAUAUGGAGCACGGUGUCCUGGAAGAAAGCUUAGCAAGCCUCAAGAGGAUUGAAAAGGAUGUCGUUGAUUACAAGUGUCACAUGGAUGAACUGGAGAUGUUUAACCAAUCUGUACAAGAAGCUAUGAUCUUUGAAAAUGAGCACACCAAAUAUACCAUGGAGACAAUUCGCGUUGGCUACGAGCAGCUGAUGACUACAGUCAGGCGACUGAUUAACGAGCUGGAGAACCAGAUUUUGACCAGGGAUUCCAAGGGUAUCACGGAGGAGCAGUUUUUGGAGUACAGACAGUCCUUCAACCACUUUGACAAGAAUCACUCUGGCAAGCUGGACCCCAUUGAGUUCAAGUCGUGCCUGGUGUCACUCGGCAUGGCAACACCUGACGACAAGUCUGGCCGAAAUCCAGAGUUUGAUCGCAUCAUGGAGAGCGUUGACCCCAAUCACGACGGCUAUGUCACGUUUGAAGCCUUCCUGGAUUACAUGUCACGUGAGGCCACCGACACAGACACGUCAGAGCAAGUCAAAGGCUCCUUCAAAGUCCUUGCUGGCAACAAGAACUACAUCUUGAAAGAGGACCUGAUCCGUGAGCUUCCGCCUGACCAGGCAGAGUACUGCAUUUCAAGAAUGGCACCCUACACAGGACCUGAUGCCGUCCCAGGUGCCCUAGAUUACAUGUCCUUCUCAACAGCCUUGUAUGGGGAGAGUGAUCUGUGAGGAGGAUACCAACUGGGAUGUAGUCCAGCAGUUGAUUACUAGAGCAUUUCAAAAUUAAACAAGAAUGACAGGUGGUGAAUUCAUGGUACUUUUUAGUUGAUAACCAACAGCUAGCCUUGUAGCGACAAAGUGUAUAUUGGUUUUCUUAUUCAGAAUAUUUGUCUCAAUGGUAGUACCAAGCAAAUUUGUUCUUUCAUUCUAGAGGGUUUUAAGUUUAGGAUUUCAUUGAGCAGUUUGGCUUUAACUAGUUAAAAUAAAAACACCGAGAAACCAGAAACUGGCAUAUAUACUAGACGAGUUGGUUUGCGGAGUGGUUUUACCCUGCUGUGAUCUUAUGAAUGAUAUGAAAUUGAUUCCAUCGUUAAUGGCAUUUGCAUGUUUUCGCUGAUGCAUAUUUCUCUGUUCGGCAUAAGUUGUGAGAAGAAAACUCCCAAUAAGGACUUCAGGUGGUGUUUUUUUGUAUCUGCCUCUGUGCAUGUGUAUACAUAAAAUUCAUCACUGAAACAUAAUUAAUUGCUGUUUCGCUAGAGUGUUUUAAUAUUUAUGUCACUUUUAAUCAUGCUUCCCAAAGACUUCUUUUAGCAUGGCAUUCAUACAGUGGAAAAGAAAACAUUUUAUUAUAUAUUUGUUUUUUUAAUACUAACAAUUGGUCAAACUUGUAGACAACAUCAGUCUUCUCUAGGAACUUAAUUAUAAGUUGUACAUUGAUGAGUUACAAAUACGUGUAAGUCCCGUGCCAUACACGUUUGUUUUUAAUAGUAAAACCUUACCUGAGGCUUUGUGGUGUUUUUAUUAGGAUGUAACGUUUUGUAAUUGUGUAUAUGUUUUCCCAGACAGUUAGUUUGGAUUUCCAGGGAGGUUGGAGAGUCCUCAGAGCAAAGGGGAAGAAGGGAAAAUGUGGGAAGUGGUAGUCCUAGAAGUCCAAGUUUGUGUUCACAAGUUUAAAAAGUAUUUUUUGCUGUGAAAAGUAAACUAUGUCUGACUCAAUCCUAUAAUAUGUCAUCGCUGUGUAGAGCACAAUUAAGUUUCCGUAGAUUCAUGCAAACCUUUGUGUUGAAGAAAAGGAAAAGCGAUCUGUUUUAAGAAACGUCAUCAGGUGUUGACUGUACUGUGACAACAGUGCCAUUGACCAGCGAAAAAUAACUUACUGAGCAGCACCGAUGCCACAUUUAUCAUGCAGGUGACUCUGUAAGCGUACGCUUUUUUUGGGCUGUAGAUUGCAGAUCAUUUUCAUUGAGCAAUUUUCAGACUCCAUGGUAUACAUUGACAAAAUCACUCCAUUUCUAGCUGAAUGUAGGUUUAUACAACGCUUCUACAAACCUAGUUGGAGCCUUUUAUAGCUAAUUAGUUGAUUGGUUUCCAUGGUUGAUAGGUAAACCAAGCCAUGGAGAGCACAUGUAGUUAAGGUUAGCUUAGCUUUUUCUUUUGAGGAUAUAAAGAUGGCUUGGUUUUGGUUAUGAGUUUGUUAUAUAUUUUUGUUUGCAUACAAAGCGAGAUUAACAACAAAUCUAAAAUGAUGAUUAUUUACUGUGUAUGAUGGUGACUGUUUAACAAUUUUAUUUUGUAGUUGAAAGAAAAAGGAUUGAAGAUGUGAUAAUUAAAUCAUAAGUAUACCAAAUAAAGUUUUUAAAAAGUUUAAUUAUUGUAAAACCGAGGUUAAAGACGUGCCUUACUAUCUAUGAUGUGGUUACGGGAGUCCUUGGAUAUAGCUCAUAAUUUGGUGAUUAAUCGGGUAGAUGCAAAGUAGAGUAAUGUAAAUGGUAUACUUGUUUGAAAAAUAGCGCCCAAAACUUAGUACAUUAAGGUAAUUGCUCUGUUGAUGCAUAACACUUUAGAAAAAAUCUUGGUUUAGAAAUGAUUUUGUACUGUGAAUUGUGAAGCAAGAUGUGAUUCCCAGCAGCUGUCAAUGAUCAAAGAAUGCUUGCAAAUUCAGGUACACAUUGAAAAUACUCAAAUAUGUACAAUCUUAAUAUUUUAGAAUGCAGCAUGUAAUUAGAUACACAGCUUCAGCGGUGAUGUUUUGUAAGAGUGGUUUUAAUACACCUAAAUGAUGUGUACUUUUUGGGGGGAUUUGGAGUGCAGAAAGUCUGCUAGACAUGGGAUAAUUGUCAUUUUGCUUUUACACUGUUCAAUUGUUUGUGCAUUAUCACCACAAAGCAGUCGUGAGAAAUUUUCUGUUAGGCUCAUUUUUUAUGUCUCUAGUGAAUUUAUAAACUUUUCUUUCAAUGCCUGUACGCUUUACUGCAGUUCAUUGUAUGUCAGACAUUUUCCCCGGAAUUGUCAGUAAAAUCCAUACAAAUGCUAGGUAAAAUUGAUACUUAAGUGAAAGUUUAAAAGCUGGAAUGCAAGCAGUAAAAUGGUUCCUUUUCUUUCAUUGUGAUAUUGAUAUAUUCUUUGAGAGUGAUUGUUCCUUUUAGUAUCGGUUCUGUCAGUGUAAAGGUUGGAAGCUCUCGUCAUUUUCUCGUAAGCUUUAAUGCUAGUUUUCUCCCAUUGCAAGAUCUUUACUUUCAGAAAACCCGCUAAGCAGGUGUGUUGUCUAUGCUAUAAUUUUUAUUCAUUUAUUUAUUUUUAUUUUGACUGCUUGUAAUGCACACAUAUGCAUUAUAAGUGACAAUAAAUACGCUCAACCCUUCGUGUUUCUUAUCCUAAUGGAAUGUUAGAGUUUUUGCAACAUUUUGCUCAAUACUAUCUUAAAAGUUUCACUUUAGUUGUUUAAUAUAGAAUUUGAAAAGUCUCAGUUGACGUGAAUGAAAUGGCUUGGGUAUUCCCGAGGCAUAUAUACUGUACUUGUAGCUAAACCUUGAGGUACGUUGUUUGAGCAAUUUUUUUUUAUCGCAACUCAGCCUCACUGGAAUGAUCUGCAUUUGGAGAAAAAAAAAGAGUUGUCGGAGUUAAGAUGGUGCUUGUAGGCAGUGUUGUAGUGUAGGCGUGUUGGGCGAUGGAUCGAGUGUGGUGCACUCAGAAAAAAAGACAAAGUCUCAAGUUUGGUCAUUUAUAAAAUUCAGCAAAGCAAGCCCCCCCAACAACUCUAAAUUAAUUUAAAACCUUUGCAACUUUGUUAGAUCUUUCUGUCAGUUUACGACCAGUGUAGAAUUCCAGAUCUAACUGUGGAGAAAUCGGCAAUUGCAGAAGAUGGAAUAAGUGGCGUAACUCUAUUACACUUUUCAGUAAGAGUCAAAAGACUGCAAUGGCAGUUGAAGACGAGGCGUCCUUCGUCAUGUAUCUUUGAAACUUCAUAAUUCAGUAAUAAUAAGGGAAUUUGGACAUUUCUAAUACGUGUUGGAGGCGAAAGCGUCUUUCUGCGAAGUUAACUUCGUGGAGUCAUUGUUGGAAAGACGUUUCUUGGGCCGUGGUUGGGCAGUUGGAUCAUUAAUAAUUUGCCUAUUGUAAUGUUUUCGCUAACCCUGUCAUACGGCGCGAAAUCACCUUUCUUUGUCUUUUUUUUUUUUAAAGUUGUAGUUGGACUUCUGUACUAUGCAAAAUAACUCAUUAAAACCCGCCCGCAAUCUUCCCACGA